AUGGCUACCCCCAGUGUCCUCGCUUUUGACGCUGAGGGUCGGGCCAUUGACUUUGAGGUAUGGGUAGAUGACCUCCAGCUGUUCUUACAGUGCGAUAGGGCAGACAACCUCUCUCUCUUUGACCUUACCUCUGGCGCUUCCCCUUCCCCUGCUGCUGAUGCUGACCCUACUGUUCGCUCCCAGUGGGCUACGCGCGAUGCUGCUGCACGUCUUGCUAUGCGUCGCCACCUCCCUACCUCUGAGCGUACGCACUUUAGUCAGUACAAGAGUGCUCAGACCUUGUACGACGCUGUCGUUGCACGCUACUCCUCCCCUGCCACUGCUGCACUGAGCCGCCUCAUGCUACCCUUCCUCUUCCCUGACCUUGCCGCCUUUCCCGCAGUCGCUGAUCUCAUUACGCAUCUCCGCACUAGUGACACCCGCUACCGCGCUGCGCUUCCUGCUGACUUCUGCGCUAAGAACCCCCCCCCCAUGUACAUCACUCUCUACUUUUUAGUCACCCGCCUCCCCGACUCCCUUCGUGUAGUCCGGGACCACUUCCUCGCGGUCUGUCCCACCACUCUCACAGUCGACAGCCUAGAGAAGGCCCUCCUAGCGGCGGAGAAGAGCAUCGUCGCUGUUGGGGCCUCUCAAGGUGACCCCCGCGCCCCCAUCUUUGAGGGGUGUUCUCCUUCCCCUCUCUUGUCCUCUGUCGCCUCUGCCGCUGCGGCCGACCUCGUUGGUCUUGAGUCGGUCGGUGCGGCGUCUGCCCUUAGCGGGAGACGUCGCCCUGGCAAAGGCAAGGGGGGCAAGGGAGCGGGUGGGGCUAGCGGGGGCGGUGGCGGUGGAGGUGGAGGCGGCGGAGGGAGUGGGGGUGGCGGUGGAGGAGGUGGCGGGGGUGGGGGUGCUAUUGGCAGCAGUGGUGGCGGAGGCGGCGUCGGCGGCGGCGGUACCGGCGGGGGUGGCGGCGGUGGCAGAGGUGGAGGCGGUGGAGGAGGAGGUGGUGGAGGUGGUCGGAGUGGCUCUUCACAGCGGAGCGGCACUAGGGGUGGUCAGCGCCAGCAGCAACAGCAGCAGCAGCAGCGUUCUCGCGACGUCCCCACCCCUCAGCAGCUCCUUGAGUGGUACACGCAGCGUCAGCGUGGUGGGGGACUUGGUCCCUGCACCUACGUCCUUCGCACCGGCGACCGCGCGGGUGAGCAGUGUGGGGGUGCCCACACCACCCAGCGCUGUUUUGGCCGCCUGACGGACGCCUGGCGUCAGCAGUUUCCGGAGGCCACAGAGAUCCCCCGCUGGGGAGAGCUGUCUAGGGCUGGCGUGGCUAUCUUUGAUCUUGACUUUGAUGCUAUCCUUGCUGCCAUGUAUGCUGUGACAAUUAGUGAUGAGGGUGACUGUUACCGGUGUUUCCCGCCCGACCCGGGCAUUGGUACUGCUGCGCUAGGUGCUUGUGAGGCUGCUGCUCUAGGUGCUAGUGCGUCUGCGCUCUCAGGUACUGGUGAGGCUGCGCUCUCAGGUACUGCGUCGGCUUCGGCCUCCCUCACCUUCACACUUGACUCAGGGGCUUCUCGCUCCUUCUUUCGAGACCGCACCACACUCACGCCGCUUGGUCGGUCGGUUGCAGUCUCCCUGGCUGACCCCUCUGGGGGCUCUGUCCUCUCUCACUUCUCCACUGUCCUCCCGUGUCCGGCUGCCCCCUCGGGCACCCUGUCGGGUCUGUACCUACCCUCGUUCUCGACGAACUUGGUGAGUGGUGCUGACCUGCAGGAUGCGGGGGUUCACCAGUUUACUCAUGCGAGUCAGCGGGGGACCCACUGCUCGGACGCCCGCACAGGCCGACACCUAGCCACGUUUUCGCGUCGACUCGGGUCGAGUCUCUACACCCUGACCAUUGAGUCUCCUCCAGUCCCUGCGUCUGGCCAGGUAGCUGCGUCGGGUCAGGUGUUUGCUGCUGCGUCCAGGUCUGGUCAUGAGUCUGCCCCCUGCUCGUGUCGCCUCCUGUCUCACGAGACUCUCUUGUGGCACCACCGUCUUGGCCACCCCUCCUUGCCUCGUCUUCGGGGCAUGGCUUCCCGUGUCCUUGUCUCUGGUCUCCCCCGCUCUCUCCCUCCCCUUCCUUCGGGGCCAGGACCUUCCUAUGUCCCCUGUCUCGAGGGGCGGCUCCGGGCUGCCCCUCACUCCUCCCAGUUUCCCCCGACAGAGGCUCCUUUGCAGACGCUUCACAUGGACGUGUGGGGCCCGGCCCGCGUCCGUGGACCGGGUGACGAGCGCUACUUCCUGCUGGUGGUUGACGACUACUCGCGUUACAACACAGUCUUCCCCUGGCGCAGCAAGGGUGAUGUCACUGAGACCUUCACGCUUCCGGACUCUCCACAGCAAAAUGGGAUUGCUGAGCGCCGUAUUCGCAUGGUCAUGGACGUCGCUCGUAUGUCCAUGAUGCAUGCGGCUGCCCCCCAUUUUCUGUGGCCGUUUGCGGUUCGGUACGCGGUGCAUCUGCUCAACCUUCACCCCAGGGUCUCCCGGCCGGAGACCUCCCCAGCUCUGCUGUGGACGGGGAAGGUUGGCGAUGCGUCUGCGUUCCGUGUCUGGGGAUCUCACGCAUUUGUCCGUGACCUGUCUGCGGACAAGCUGUCCCCUCGUGCUGCUCCCUGUGUCUUCCUAGGCUUCCCCCCUGACGCCCUAGGGUGGCAGUUCUACCACCCCUCCUCUCGUCGUGUUCUGUCCUCCCAGGACGUCACGUUCGACGAGUCAGUCCCCUUCUACCGCCUCUUCCCCUACCGCACUCCUUCCCUCCCGCCGCCGCCGCACUUCCUUGUACCAGGUCCCCCCCCGUCAGACCCCCUUCCUCCUCAGGGUCCUGCCCCUUCAGGUGUGUCCCAAAUCGAUGCAGUCGAGCCGGUCGAGGUUGCUAGUGACUCAGGUACUGCUGGGGGUGCUGAGCCUGGGGGUGCUGACUCUGGGGGUGCCGAGUCUAAGAGUGCUGAGCCUGGGGGUGCUGAGUCUGGGGGUGCUGAGCCUGGGGGUGCUGAGUCUGGGGGUGCUGAGCCUGGGGGUGUUGAGCCUGGGGGUGCUGAGCCUGGGGGUGCUGAGCUUGGGGGUGCUGCCUCUGGGGGUGCGGAGCCUGGGGGUGGGGACUCUGAGGGUGCUGCGCGCGUGGGUGCUGAGCCUGGGGGUGCUGGGCCUGGAGGUUCUCCGGGUGUUUCGUCUCGGCAGGAGCCACUCUCUCCACAGGAGCUGCGUGAGUGGUUUUCUCGCCGCUGGAGGCGUACUCCUGGAGCUGGCGCUUCUUCGGCCGCUGAGGGUGCUGGUGCCGCCGGUCCCGGAGCUGCUGGGUCUGCAGGUCCGCCUCGAGCUGGAGCUGCUGAGGGUGUUGGUUCUGAGACUACUACUGUACGUCCUGGUGGUUGUCCUGCUGCGGGUACUGCUGGCGCUACUGGAGGUCCUGCCGCUGGAGGUGCUGUUGGCGCUGGUGUUGUCGGGGGUGCUGAGGGUGCUGGUGCUGUCCCUGCUGUGUCUGGUGCCACCGCGCAGCCUCGGUCGUACUUCGUUCCGCUCCUUCAGCAGGUUCUUGGUCUUCCUCCUCUCUUAGAGGGUCCACCGCCUGUCCAGUCGCAGUCACAGUUACCGCCGGCCUCCCCACUGCCUUCUCCGUCUCCGUACACUGGUCCUACUGGUGGUCUUGCUGAGCAUCGUGAGCCUGCGUCUCGUCCUGCGUCGCCUGUUCGUGCUGCUCGCACUAGUGGUCGCAGUUCCAGUCAGCGUCCUCCUCCUGUCCCUGGCACGCACCGGAUGUCUCUGCGUCCGUCCACUGCUCCUCUGCGUGCCCCCUUGCCCUCUCCUCCUGAGUCCCCUCUUCCUGCACUUGCCGACCCUGAGUCGGACUCUCUUCGUGCUGCCAGUCCUACUGUCACGCGUCUCCUUGCUACUAUUGUCACUGACCCCUCCUUUGAGUCCACUGCUGCGUCUGCUCUUGUUGCUGAGCUCAUCGACUUUGCUGCUCGCUGUCGUCUAGACUACGCUGCUAGUCUUGUUGCUGAGUCUGCGUCUGUCUGUCCUUCGUCCGUUGGGGGUGAGUUUGCUCUUGGCACGGACGUCCUUGAGGACAGGCGGGAGGAGUUUCAGUGUCUGGCUGCUGCUUCACCUCAUCUCGCGUCUGUACAGCUUGCCCCUGAGGGAGACCCGGAUGCACUAGACAUCACGACUCCGCGCUCUUACGCGGAGGCCGUAGAGGGUCCCUACUCCUCUCAGUGGCAGGCAGCUAUGGAUGCAGAGAUGGCUUCCUGGAAGUCCACAGGCACCUACGUUGACGAGGUUCCCCCUCCUGGGGCGAACAUUGUCAGUGGGAUGUGGUUCUUCAGGGUGAAGCGGCCAGCGGGCUCUCCACCUGUCUUCAAGGCGCGGUACGUGGCUCGUGGCUUCAGUCAGCGGCAGGGAGUUGACUACUUUCAGACCUUCUCUCCCACCCCGAAGAUGACCACUCUUCGGGUGCUGCUGCACAUAGCCGCUCAGCGCGACUACGAGCUCCACUCUCUUGACUUCAGCACUGCUUUCUUGCAGGGUAGCCUGCACGAGGAGAUCUGGCUGCGCCGUCCACCUGGCUUCACUGGGACUUUCCCUCCUGGCACCCAGUGGAGCCUCCGACGGCCAGUCUACGGUCUCCGCGAGGCACCACGCGAGUGGCACGACACACUGAGGACUACGCUUGCGGCUCUUGGGUUUGCUCCCUCUACUGCUGACCCGUCAUUGUUUCUGCGCACCGACACUUCUUUGCCGCCGUUCUACAUCCUCGUGUACGUCGACGACUUGGUCUUUGCCACACCGGACACUGCUGGACUCGCCUACGUGAAGUUGGAGCUGCAGAAGAGACACACGUGCACAGACCUGGGUGAACUACGCAGCUACCUUGGCUUGCAGAUCACUCGGGACAGAGCACGCCGCACCAUUACCUUGACUCAGUCACACAUGGUGCAGCAGGUCCUUCAGCGCUUCGGCUUCACGUACUCCUCGCCUCAGGCCACUCCUCUGUCUACUCGCCACUCGCUCUCAGCUCUGCCUUCGGAUGAGUCCGUAGAGUCGAGUGGCCCGUACCCAGAGCUUGUUGGCUGCCUCAUGUACCUGAUGACCUGCACACGACCUGACCUUGCAUACCCUCUUAGCAUCUUGGCACGCUAUGUUGCUCCUGGGAGACACCGACCAGAGCACAUGGCUGCAGCGAAGAGGGUGUUGCGCUACUUGUGCAGUACGUCGGGCAUGGGGCUAGUGCUUGGAGGGCGGAGUCCAGUGGUCCUCACUGGGCACGCGGACGCUUCUUGGGCUGACGACCAGGCUACGCAGCGGUCGUCGCAGGGUUACACCUUCAGCCUUGGUUCCGGCUCUGUUCCGUGGCGGGCUACUCGCUCGUCUUCUGUUCUCGGCUCCAGUUGUGAGGCUGAGAUCUACGCCGGGGCCAUGGCUGCUCAGGAGCUUCGCUGGCUCACCUACCUGUUGACUGACCUUGGAGAGCCUCCUCGUUCUCCUCCAGUGCUGUACGUAGACAACAAGGCCAUGCUGGCCUUGUGUCGAGAGCAGCGCCUGGAGCACAGAACGAAGCACAUUGCUCUCCGCUACUUUCUUGCUCGUGAGCUGCAGCAGCGUGGCCAGUUGCGACUUGCGUACGUGGCCUCUGAGGCCAACACUGCUGAUGUUUUCACCAAGGCACUUCCGCCUUGUGAUCAUCAGCGUUUCUGUACUCAGCUGGGACUUGUCCCAGUCUUGCCUCACUUGCUCACCUCUUGA